AUAUAGAAAAUAACAAAAAAGUCGGAUGACUUAUGGACCUUCCUAAGUAAAGUGAAGUUGGAAAUCAAUGGUGGAGGAAUACCUGAAAGUUCUAGAAUUUUAGAUAGCCAUCGCUGACGCUUAUGUGUCGCUUGUUUAUAAUUAGAUAGACGAAAUAACAAACCAAAACAAGGGAUCUAAGAUCUUAAUUCUGGAAUACCUUUACAAUGACUGUUGGCUGUUGCACUUUGGAGUCAUACUCAAAGACUAAUAAAUGAGUAAAGUAUCAAAUAUAAAUGAUUGAAACCUAAUGCAAGCAGUUUUUACAAAAGUUCCAGCGGCAGUCAGGUGUUGACGAUCUAGUGAAAGGACUCGUCUAUAAAUUGAGGUAGAAUGGAAAAUGAAACCAGUAAACAUGCAAAAGAUGACCCUAUGUCUGAUGAUGUGAAUGAAACAGUCAAAGAUGAGGGAGGAGGUGACCCUGUUGCAGAUAAAGAAGAUAUAGCAAACAAUAAACAGACUGGUGAAACACAAGUUGAAUGUGAUGAAGCAUCAGGCAAUAAGAACAGUGAUAGCUCAACUGAACCAGAAGCAAAUAACAGUAUUAAUGACCAGCCUGAACCACCCAUUGGUUCAACCAGUGGUAAUAACACUACUGAACAUUCCAAUGAUGCAAUAGAAGAAAGUAAUGACAAAGAAGAAGAGUGGAUGCAAGUAUUAGGAAAUGAUUCUCUACUGAAAAAGAUAGUUGAAAAGGGUGAUGGAAGAGAAACAAGGCCUGUUGGUGGAGAGAUUGUGACAAUAUCCUGUGUAGAGAAGUUAGAGAGUGACAAGAUUGUAGAUAUUAACAGUGAGCUUACAUUCACACUUGGGGAUGGUGAUGUAGUACAAGCAUUAGAUAUCUGUCUGUCUUUAAUGGAAAGAAAUGAAAAGGCAAUAAUAAAAACAGACGCCAAAUAUGCCUAUGGGGAAAAGGGAAGGAAACCUGACAUUCCACCUGAUGCCAAGCUUACAUAUGAAGUCCAGCUUCUAAAAGUGCAACCAACGCUCAAUGUGCAAAAAUUAUCCAUUGCUGAACGCAUUACUAAAGGAGAUGCCAAACGGGAAAGAGGCAAUUAUUACUACACCAGAAGUGAAUUCACAGCAUCCAUAAAUUCUUAUAACAAAGCUUUAAGUAUUCUGGAUGAUAGUUCAGAAAACCAUGGUGCAGAGGAGACUACACAACUGCAAUCAUUGUUAGAGACAAGAUUAAAAUGCUAUAACAACCUGGCUGCAGCUCAACUAAAGGUAGAUGCAAAUGAUGCUGCUAUCAAGUCCUGUGAAUUUGUAUUAAGAGUCCAGCCUGAAAAUGUGAAGGCUUUAUUCCGCAAAGGCAAAGCCCUUGCUGCCAAGCUAGAAACUUCAGCAGCAAUUGCAUGUUUGAGAAAAGCUGUCAAACUAGAGCCUGAAACAAAGAUCAUACAUGCUGAGCUCUCAAAACUUGUUAAUAAGCAAAAGAAAGAAGAAGAAAAGGAGAAAGACCUUUACAAAAAGAUGAUAGGAGCUGAUAAACUACCAGAGGUGAAGCCUUCAAGUUCAUGGACUUCUAAAUGGCCUGUAAUUGCCAGCGCAACAGCUGCUGCACUUAUCUCUGUGGGAUUCAUGGCGUACAGAUAUGGUUAGCUGAUGACGUAUUAGACACAGUUUCAUGAGAAAUAUGAACAAUGGACUGCCAUUUGAAAUCCUACAUGUGCUAAAUGUUAUACAGACUAAAAAGGCUGAAUUUUAAUUCAUGGUCAAAUACAAUGGCCCCUGCAGCUUGAAAAUAAUUUCAAAAAAU